AUCAAUAUGACCAAUAUGGCUAAGCUUGUACUACUCAUCCCAGGAACUACACUACUGCUUUGUCUAUUGAUCUUCCAAGUAGCAUCCACUUCCCAUUGCCAAGCGAGUGUAUCAGGCGCCUGCAUCAGCAGCGAGCGAGAUGCGCUUCUGUCCUUCAAGGCAAGCCUCCUCGACCCUGCUGGCCAUCUCUCGUCAUGGCAGGGUGAGGAUUGUUGCCAAUGGAAGGGAGUCCGGUGCAGCAACAGAACAGGCCAUCUCAUCAAGCUCAACCUCUGCAACAUCGACAUGGACAGCUACGAGUACCGAAACAGGAUCAGAUCAUUGAGCUUGUCGGCAGGGGAGAUGAGCUCUUCUUUGGCUACUUUACAACACCUGAGGUAUGUUGAUCUGAGCGGGAAUGACUUCAAAGGCACAAGCAUCCCUGUGUUCUUAGCUUCUCUCAAGAAUCUAAGGUAUCUCAACCUCUCGCGGGCAGGAUUCGGUGGGAGAAUACCUUCCCAACUUGGCAAUCUCUCAAAGUUGCAAUACCUUGAUCUCAGUUGGAAUUAUGAUUAUUAUGGGAAUAGGUCUUACAUAGUGGAUCUUGCAUGGUUGCCACGUCUCUCUUUGUUGAGACAUCUUGACAUGAGUUAUGUGGAUCUUGGUUCUGCGAGGGAUUGGUUUCAAAGGGUUAAUAUGCUUCCUUCCCUUAAAGUGCUUCGCUUGUCCGACUGUGGACUCAAUGGUACCGUGUCUGCUAGUAUAUCAAUUUCCAAUCACACACAUCUCGAGGUACUUGAUAUGUCCUCUAACACCUUCAGAAUACCUUCGCAAUUUGGCAAUCUCUCAAAGUUGCAAUAUCUUGAUGUGAGUUGGAAUUCUUAUCCUGAUGUGGAUCUUGCAUGGUUGCCACGUCUCUCUUUGCUGAGCCAUCUCGACAUUAGCCAUGUGGACCUUAGUUCUGCGAGGGAUUGGUUUCAGACGGUUAACAUGCUUCCUUCUCUUAAAGUGCUUCGCAUGUCCGACUGUGGACCCAAUGGUACCAUGUCUGCUCUUACAUCACUUUCCAACCUCACACAUCUCGAGAUCCUUGAUAUGUCCCAUAACACCUUCAAAAUACCUUCCCAAUUUGGCAAUCUCUCAAAGUUGCAAUAUCUUGAUGUGAGUUGGAAUUCUUAUCCUGUUGUGGAUCUUGCAUGGUUGCCACGUCUCUCUUUGUUGAGCCAUCUUGACAUGAGCAUUGUGGAUCUUAGUUCUGUGAGAUGUUUGUUUCACAUGGUUAAAAUGCUUCAUUCUCUUAAAGUUCUUUGCUUGUCUGAGUGUGAACUAAAUGGAACCAUGUUCGCUAGUAUAUCACUUUCCAACCUCACACAUCUCGAAGUCCUUGAUAUGUCUUCUAACAACUUCCAUACUUCACUCAAGCAUGCAUGGUUUUGGAAUCUCAAAAGCCUUAAGGCGCUUCAACUCUCAUGGUCAGGUUGGGUAGGGUCCAUUCCUAGUGAUUUGGCAAACAUGACGUCCCUUCAAGUCAUAGACUUAAGUUUUAAUCAACUCGUGGGUUUGAUACCAAACAAAAUAGAAUUUUUGUGCAAUUUGACAAGAAUGAGGUUCGAUGGUAACAACAUAGAUUCCAACAUAAGGGAGUUCAUGGGGCGAUUGCCAAAGUGCUCAUGGACUACACUGCAGGAAUUGUCAGUGGUGGAUGCGAAUAUGACCGGCAAUCUGCCCAUUUGGAUAGGGAACAUGACCAAUCUUAGUGUUCUUGAUGCAUCUGGAAACAUAUUAACCGGCCCUCUGCCUGUAGGAGUUGGAGCACUGGGUAAUUUGAAAAUGUUGGACCUCAGCUACAAUAAGUUCAACGGUGUGAUGUUGAAAGAACAGUUUGCAAGCUUAGGAAAAUUAGAGUUUUUGGACCUCAGCCACAAUAACUUCAGCAGUGUGCUCUUGAAAGAACAUUUUGCAAGUUUGGGCAACUUAAAGCAUUUGGAUCUCAGCUACAACAAAUUCAGUGGUGUGCUCGUCAAGGAAUAUUUUGCUAGUUUAGGUAAUUUGGAGACCUUGGACAUUAGCUAUAAUAACUUCAAUGAUUUUCUCUUGAAAGAACACUUUGCAAGUUUAGGCAAAUUAGAGACUUUGGACCUCAGCCAUAAUAAAUUCAAUGGUGUGCUCACGGAGGAGCAUUUUGCAAGCCUAUUGAAUUUAGAUUAUCUAGACUUGUCGCACAACUCUUUGAGAUUAGUUAUCAAUCAAAAAUGGGUUCCUCCAUUUAGAUUGAGUGUGGCAUGUUUUGAUUCAUGCCAAUUGGGCCCCCGUUUUCCAGAAUGGCUUAGAUGGCAAUCCGACAUUGAUAUUCUUGUUCUCACAAAUGCAAAUCUAGAUGAUGUUAUUCCUGAUUGGUUUUGGGUGACAUUUUCCCGAACUUCAUUCUUGCACGCAUCAGAAAACAAAUUGCAUGGCUCAUUACCAGAAGAUCUACAAUACAUGUCAGCUGAGCACAUACAACUCGGGUCCAAUAAGUUUAUCGGACAAGUUGCACGGUUACCUAUAAAUAUAUCAAGACUAAACCUAUCUUCAAACUCUUUCUCUGGGUCCUUGCCAUCAGAUCUGAAUGCUCCACUACUUGGAGAGUUGUUGCUUGCUAAUAAUCAAUUUACAGGCACCAUUCCGUUGUCUAUAUGCCAGUUGACUAGACUUAAUAGGUUGGACCUAUCAGGAAACAAUUUUACAGGAGAUAUUAUGCAGUGUUGGAAGAAAUCUGACGCAAACUCUACGAAUCAAUUUGGUUUUGACAUGCUAAGCUUAGCCCUGCAUAACAACAGUCUCACUGGUGAAUUCCCUAAAUUUCUUCAAAGGUCGACAAGGUUAAUGUUCCUUGAUCUUUCUUACAAUAGGUUAUUUGGAGGAUUGCCAGAAUGGUUGCCAGAAAAAAUGCCACAUCUGAAAAUAUUAAGAGCGAGAUCAAAUAUGUUCAGUGGUCAUAUUCAUAAGAGUCUCACUUCCCUUGAUAGUCUUCAUUAUUUGGACAUAGCACACAACAACAUAUCAGGAAGCAUACCAUGGACUUUGUCAAACCUGAAGGCAAUGAUGACAGUGGUGUCGCAGGACACAGAGGAUUACAUUUUUGAAGAGAGCAUCCCUGUAAACACGAAGGGCCAAAAGCGUGAAUAUACCUUUGCAAUCUACAAGCUACUAGUGAUUCUUGAUUUGUCAAGUAAUAGUUUGACAGGACAUGUUCCAGAGGAGAUAACUUUACUCAUUGGGCUUACCAAUCUGAACUUGUCAAAUAAUGAGCUCACCGGAGCAAUCCCAAACCAAAUUGGUGAUUUAAGGCAGUUGGACUCACUCGACCUAUCCUUCAAUGAGUUUUCUGGUGCAAUACCAUCAAGUUUGUCAGCUUUAACUUAUUUGAGCCACCUGAACUUGUCAUACAACAAUCUGUCCGGUCCGAUACCAUCCGGCCAACAGCUACAAGCUCUUGAUAACCAGAUGUAUAUCUACAUCGGUAACCCUGGUCUUUGUGGAGAUCCUGUUGGUAGGAACUGCUCAACACAUGACGCAGAGCAAAUUGGCCUUGAAGAUAUAGAUCAUAUGCCAUCUGUUUAUCUUGCCAUGAGCAUUGGAUUUGUGGUUGGUCUGUGGACAGUUUUCUGCACCAUGUUGAUGAAGAGAACCUGGAGGGCUGCCUUCUUCCAGUUCGUUGAUAUGAUGUACGACAUGGUUUAUGUGCAAGUGGCUGUAAGGUGGACUCACAUGAUGGAGAAAACUCAAGAUGGUGCACCAUGAAGUGCCCAACUCCCUAUUAUUAUUUGUAUCUAAUUAUUAUUUGUAUCUUCACACCAUAUCCCUAUUUUUAGCUCUAAAUGAGCCUUGGCUGGAUGUCUGUACUAUAUUUUAUUGAUAUUUGUAUGUUUGCACUUGCACCAUA